AUGAUUGGCCUCAAGAGUACCCUCAAUGUUAUCGAUAACUCGGGGGCGCUUCUUGUCGAAUGUGUCAAUGUCCUGAAAAACAAAGUCAACAACGGAUGGGGGUCGGUUGGUGACGAAAUCGUCGUCGUCGUUCAGAAAGCCCGCCCUGUCUCAGCUGCUGCGCAGGCAUCUGUGAACGCUGUCAAGGUACGCAAGGGAGACGUCCGACGCGCUGUCAUCGUCCGAACGCGCAAACCCGUACGAAGACCAGACGGCAGCUUCAUUCGCUUCGAUGAAAACGCUGCCGUGCUAUUAAACAACAAGAGAGAGAUGCUCGGUACACGUAUUGGUGGUAUCGUUAGUGGCGACCUGAGGUUGAAGGGCUGGGGGAAGAUUGUCAGUUUGGCACCUAGAGUUGUAUAA